GCUCACUAGGUGACACUUUUGGAUCAUGACACCAGCACUCAUUGGUAAUCCAGGAAGUCACUAUGUGUGCUUUGUUGUUAAUUUCAAAAGCUGCACAUUCCAGUUCUUGAAUAGCAUUAAUGGAGAGAGGUUCCUUGUGAAGUCAGGAGAACCAACCACUUACAAGAAGAUGUUUGAUGUCUGGUUUAAGGAAGUCGAGGCAUUUGUCAUAGAAUUGUAUAAGCAUUGGAAACUGACAAUUCCUUUCGACUUCAGCAAAUUUAAGUGGGAAACUCCCAAAAUGCCAAGUCAACCAGACAAAGACAAUUGUGGAGUUUUCUGCAUGAAGUUCCUAGCUGAAUGGGAAGGUGACAGUAAGACCUCAAUGGACUCUUUCAAAAAUUGGAACAAACUCAUAAAGCAAGACAAAGUGGCAAAGCUAAUGGAUUUGAGGAUUGAAAUAUGCUCCACACUUUUAACUCACAGCAGCAAUUCAAAAGUGGAAUAUGUGGUAAACCAAGCAGCUUCUUACUAUGAAGAAAUGGCUCAAAAGCUGCAACAUGAUGUCUAGGUUCUGACUAGGAUGAAAAAUUUUUAUGUAUUCAUUGUUCAGUCUCUGACAUGUGAGUUGGUGUAUGAAGAAUUGGUGGUUCAUGUCUUAAUUCCCAAUUUGGUGGAGAAGGCAUAUUUCACAUAUACAUGAUGUAAUGGUUUCAACUCAGUUUUUGGAAUAGGUAACUUAUCAACGCAAGUAAUGUGUAUGAAGGCAUAUUUUAUCAACUCA